AUGGCUCACUCAGGGGCGGCGCGACUGAUACGAGGACACCCGCUGCCGUGGAACAGAACUUGGGCGAACGGAGUUUUAAUCGCAGCGCUAUCCUUCCUUACCAUUAUACCGGUCAAGCAACUUUGCGCGUUUCCCUCCUCGUUGAGCGACUGUCAAACACCCACAGGAUGGAACUGUUCCGGCUUUGAGGAGCAGGAUACGGAUCUCUUCCUGUGUGAUACAAACACGUGCAAGUUCGACGGGGAAUGUCUGAGAAUCGGAGACACAGUCACUUGCAUCUGUGACUUUAAGUGCAGCAGUGACUACGCACCUGUGUGUGGCUCUAAUGGAGAGAGCUAUGAGAACGAGUGCUUUUUACGGAGGGACGCGUGCAAGCUUCAAACGGAGGUGCUUGUGGUGUCAGAGGGCUCCUGUCCUGUUGAUGCGGGGUCUGGCUCAGGGGAUGAUGGAGGUGAGGGUUCAGCAGAGACUAGUCAGAGAGAGACGUCCACAUGUGACAUCUGCCAGUUUGGUGCAGAGUGUGAUGAGGAUGCAGAGGAUGUGUGGUGUGUGUGCAAUAUUGACUGUUCGCACAUCAGCUUUAACCCGGUGUGUGCCUCGGAUGGCCGUUCCUAUGACAACCCCUGCCAGGUGAAAGAGGUGUCAUGUCAGAAGCAAGAGAAGAUUGAAGUGAAAUACCUGGGCCACUGCCAGGAGGAUAAGGAGGUGGCAUGGGGUCUAUACAUCCCCUGUCCUGAACGGUACAAGAACUACUGUGUCCACGGAGAGUGCGAGUAUCCUAGCAACCUCUCACCCCCUACCUGCAGCUGUCACUCAGGUUUCAGUGGGCCACAGUGUGACACUAAAGAAUAUAAUGUGUUGUAUGUGGUGCCGGGAUCGGGAAAACUCCGAUACAUCCUUAUCGCCUCUAUAAUCGGAGCCCUGCAGAUUGCCAUCAUCUGUCUGGUCGUCCUCUGCAUUACACGGAAAUGUCCACGGGGGAACAGGAUAGCGCGGCAAAAGCAGAACGUCCCACAUUACAGCUCAGAAAACACGAUGAGAGCAUCCACGAGACUCAUUUGA